AUGUAUGGCGACAAAACAUCCGAGAAUGUCAACAAAUGUAGGUUUGCAUUGUUCAAAUUGGGAAAGUGUUCUGAUGACAUGCUACCGCCAACAUGUGAAAGCUUGCUGCAACACAUACGUCGGGCAAACUAUCAAGCAGCUAUUUGGCGCCAGUGUCUUGACGCAGAAAUGGAUAUCCCUCCUGGUUGUCAUGGAUGGCGGAUAGUCGACGGAGAGUUGAAGAUCGUGUGGUUGAUCCGUCCUCCGGCACGGGACUCGAUACUUGAAUUCAUCCAUUGUGGUUGCAAGACUGGUUGCGAAACUCACCGUUGUUCGUGCAAGAAAGCCAUGAUCCAAUGUACAGAUGUAUGUACUUGUGCUGGGUGUAUGAAUGCAGCGAUUGAUGACGAACAGUCAGACAAAGAGAUGGAAGAAGAGGAAGAGCUCG